CAGUUUGCAGGUAAGUAAGUUUGAAAGCAUGCUGGGAUGCGGCUGUUCACUGACGGCAGUGAGUUAUUUUUCUCUCUCUAAGGACUUUAUCUCGCCUCUAAAGGUUACUUUUUGAAAUAACAACAAAAACUUUGACGUGUGUUACUCUUCAAGCUGUUUUUCCGUUACUGAGAAUGUUAUUAUGGUCUGGCAGACGCGCUUUUCAUUCAUUUUUUGUAUUGUAAACAUCUUCAGGCCCCUUGAACUUUUUCACAUUAUGCCAUAAUUCAGUCACAAACUUAAGUGUAUUUGAUUGAAUGUGAGUAAUCUGCAGCCUCUAACAGGUUUUCUUUACCACUGUCUAUAACUUGACUCAGUCCAUAAUCUCAUAGACACUGACCAGCUGUUAUGUCCCUAGUGAAAACAACAACAACAACAACAACAACGGAAAAGAUCCCCAUGCAUGAUGGUGCAGUCGCCGUGCUUCAUAGUGGAGAUGAUAAUUCCAGCGACAUCAGUGCACGCCACCAUGAACGUGGGCACGGCGCACAGCGAGGUGAACCCUAACACCCGGGUGAUGAACAGCAGGGGCAUCUGGCUGUCUUACAUCCUGGGCAUCGGCUUGCUUCACAUCAUCCUGCUCAGCAUCCCCUUCGUCAGCGUCCCGGUCGUCUGGACCCUCACCAACCUCAUCCACAAUCUGUGCAUGUACCUCCUGCUUCAUACGGUUAAAGGAACUCCCUUUGAGACCCCGGAUCAGGGCAAGGCUCGCCUCCUGACCCACUGGGAGCAGAUGGACUACGGCGUACAGUUCACCGCUUCACGAAAGUUCCUCACAAUCACGCCCAUUGUACUGUAUAUAUUAACCAGCUUCUACACAAAGUACGACAGAGUCCAUUUUGUGGUCAACACCGUGUCUUUGCUCACGGUGCUCAUUCCCAAACUGCCGCAGCUGCACGGCGUUCGGAUCUUUGGGAUUAACAAGUACUGACAACAUGGAAGAAGAAGAGAUGGAGGUUUACGGUCCCCCCUGGACCGCUCAGAGCACACAGUGUAAUGAGCCUCUGAUGAGGACCUUUCGCACCUUAUUCUGUUGAGGAGCUCCAUAAAGGAAACCUACUGAGGAUGCUGCCAUGGUUCCCGAUCAGCAAGACUCCGAGAAGAAAGCACAAGCGGAUCGCGUCAUUUUUGCAACAAACUGUGGUUCAUCCUCAUGGUUUACAAACACUUUAUAUUUUAUUUAAAGAUGAAUUUCUGACAUUUCUGAAGACUCUGCUGGCACAAAGAGGCAGUUUUAAAGUUAAUUUUUGUUUAAUGACACACUACUGUAUUUAUUCAGCCUCGCUCAAGGCUGCAGCUUCGUCUCUUUUGAGGUUUACGGCUUCAGUUGAGAGCAACAAUUCUACACUGACGUGGUGAGGAACUGGCAAACUGCUGGAGAGGCGAGACACAGGAAACCACCUAGUUAUAUUUGGCUCUGCACUGCUCUGCUCUGCGCGGGGUCAAGACCGGGAAGUUGAGCAGCUCUUAUUUUUAUCUGGCCGUUUCCAUAUUUGGAAAAUACUUGUCCUGGUUUGUCCUGUAUGCAAAGUGUUCUGGCACAGAAUGCGUGAGCCGUCUCUGACAGACCAGCAGACCACAAUCUCAGUUAAGAGAUAAGAUUUUAUUAAAAUACCAACAAGGGUACACAUUUACAGGAUAGAGGUACUUGCUUCAGCUGGCUCCUGUUGGUAGAUCAGUUGAAUGUAAUCCAAUUACAAAAUGCCACAAAUUAUUCAAGAUGUUUUUCUUAUUUACUUAGGAGAUGCACAGAUUAAAAUUCCUCUGAAUUAUGAUAUUAGGUUGUCUCAUCUUUACAUCUGUGUAUCUUGUGCAAAAAUAAUAGCCGGAUUUCUUUGAUGUUUCUAUUCAAUCCAUGUUUUAGAUGCAAUUAAGCUCAAAUUUGGCAAGUUAGCAUCACUAGCAAGGCACUGAGGUGUACCAAGGUUUAAAAAAUCUGAGGUUUCAAAACUGCAAAACUUCACUGCAAACCCAACCCCAGCAGGUUGGUGCCCACUGCUGGUAGGCUGGCUGAAAGAAGGCUCCUCCUACACCUCGUCUUUGCAUUCGAGAAAGACUAAAUUGUCCUCUCAGAAAAAUUUGGUUGCAACAACUAAAGUCAUAGAAUAACGAUUAAAUAAGCAUCGCUAUAGCUAUGUCAAUACGAUUCUGGCAUACGAUUUUGUUUAAGAUAACUGUAUGAACACCAUGAACCUGUGCCAUUACAGUCAUGCUUAUUAGACUGUGAGAAACUCAUGCCGACCCACGCCUAUCACCAGCUGAUCUUAUUUUAUGCAGAGAUAAAGCUGUACAUUUGUGACAGUAAAUAUAAAGUGUUGAUAAUGAUGAAA